AUGGCGCCUAAACUGUCAGAAGAUGAGAUCGAUGAUCUGAUUUACUUCUCCCGCGCUGGCGAGCUUGCCGACCUUCAAGAAAGCCUCAAAGCCCUGUCGGAGCGCGAGGGCGUCUCCGUCGGCGAGAUCAUCACCGCCGCCAAGGAUGAGGGCAAGUCGACCUGCCUGCACAUGGCCGCGGGCAACGGCCACCUUGACGCUGUCAAAGCCUUGAUUGAAGCCUUCGCAUCUCGCCCCGCAGACGAGAAGAAGGCCUACGUCGACGCCGCCAACGAGUUUGGCAACACCGGCCUUCACUGGGCGUGUCUGGGCGGCCACCUCGAGGUCGUCAAGCUCUUGGUCGAGAACGGGGCUUCUCCGGCCAUCGCCAAUGACAAGGACCAGAUUCCUCUCGACUCAGCCCUUUUCAACAGCAAGCGCGAGGUCGCAGACUGGUUCUUGGCGCAAUCCGGAGGUCUCGAGAGCGGGAACCAGGAGGGUCUAAAUGAUGCGGCGGCGACGGUUGAGAUUGAGGAUGACGGUGCUGAGGGCGACAAGGCCGAGAAGGAGGGUGAGGGUAGCGGCAGCAAGGCUUCAUAG